AACAGCCGGUAAUCUGUCGAUGCUCUGGUUAUGAAUAAAAGCUAGAGAGAACAGAGAGCAGGGUGCUGGAGUCACUUUCUGACUGAAACUCUGGGCAUCAUUAUCCUGGGAAGAGCCAAGAAUGGCUGAAAGAGAAGGCGUUAACCUGGAAGAGCUGAAGAAGAAAAUGGCCGAGUUUGCCAGGGAAAGGGACUGGGAUCACUUUCAUAGCCCUAGAAAUCUACUUUUGGCUCUGGUGGGAGAAGUAGGAGAGGUAUCUGAGAUAUUUCAGUGGAGGGGAGAGGUUCAAAGAGGACUCCCUGAUUGGAAAGAUGAAGAGAAGCAACACCUGGGGGAAGAGCUCUCAGACGUGUUACUCUACCUGGUGAGGCUCUCUGACGUUUGUGGCAUUGAUCUUGGUAAAGCUGCACUUGCUAAGCUGGAGAUGAAUGCCCUCAAAUACCAAGUCAAGCUUUGCAAGGGUUCCUCCAAAAAGUACACGCAACUCAAAGCAGAAGACAAGGAUGGGAACACCAGUACUGAUGAUGCUCAACGUAUCUCUGAUCCUCAUGAUGCCUAGCACAUCUCUGACCAGAGAGAUUCGUCACCUCUCAAUAGAUUCUCAUGGCCUUUUUUUGUCUUCCUGCUACAGUGUUAAUGGUGUUUGUAUAGGUUAGGCUCUAGGGGUGAAAUGUGUAAUGCAUAGGUUGGUGGUGUAGAUUAUGAGUUUGUAGAGCACGAAACAACUUUGGUUGGUGAGCCAGCUAGAGCCACUGUGUUUGUUUGGUUUUUAUCAGAGAUUUGGUUCCUGUGCCCUUGUGGUUUGGGAACUGAGACGAUUUAGCCUUUGUUCCAGGCAUUGCCGGUUUCAGUGUAGAUGUUCAAUUUGUUUUUAGGGUAUCUUCUUCUUUAUUGUGUACUUCGCAUAUUUUAAUUUAGUGUUCUCUCAA